CGCGGUUCAGCUGAUAGUUUGUGAAUGAAGCCGCGUCGUCGCGUGAAGCUGCUGCUGCGACUCUCACGCGUUUUCUUCUUCUCUGUUUAACUUCAGUUUUUACAGCGGGGAAAGUUUUUCUGUGGGGAUGUUCCGUCACCUGCUCCUGCUCUCUGCUCUGCUGUCAUGUUGUCCAGGUGAAUCCUCAGCGCAGGGUCCACCAGAGACGGUGCAGGGUCCACCAGAGACGGUGCAGGGUCCACCAGAGAUGGUGCAGGGUCCACCAGAGACGGUGCAGGCCUUCGUGGGUGGAGACAUCAUCCUGCCCUGCACUUUCAACAUCACUGCCAGCGGUGACGUGCCCACGGUGGAGUGGUCGAAGGACGGCUUGGAGCCCAACGUCGUCUUCCUGUACCGCGAUGGCUGCGAGACUCAUGAGAUGAAGAAUCCGGCCUUUGAGCACAGGACGAGCUUCGUCAUGAAGAAUCUGAAAGACGGAGACAUCUCGUUAAGGAUCUCCAACGUGCAGCUGUCUGAUGCCGGGACGUACCAGUGCAUGAGGCUCCCGAAGGACGCCCCUCGAGACAAAACCACGGUGAAGCUUGUUGUGGUUGCAGUUUCGGAGCCCAAACUGUCAGUGGUUUCAGCUGAGGGUGGAGAAGUGACUCUGCAGUGUGAGGCAACCUGUUGGCUGCCAGAGCCGGAGAUCAGGUUUCAGGACGAUCAGGGAGAGCUCAUCCAGGCCGAGGACCCGAAAAGAGACGGAAAUACCAGUGCAUGUUUCACCGUGACACGAAGAGCGACUCUCCAACCUACGGCAACCAGCAGGGUCACCUGCACAGUUCAACAGCCGGGGUUCAACCAGUCCAGGGCCACAGAAAUCCUCAUAGCAGGGGGCUACACGUGGUCCACCAUUGUCAUCGCUGUGGUAGUGAGUCUUUUAACAGGACUGGCAUGUGGAGCAGUUGCCUGGUGGAAAUGUGGUAAACAUGCAGCAAAGAAAGAAAAGCUGCCGGUGAGCAGGCAGCAAUCAGAUCAAAGCACAGUCAGUGAUGCCUCAGAAAGAAAGAGUCUCCUGAAUCAGAGAGACACAGUGGACAACCUGGACAACGCAAACAAAGAGCAGCUGAUCAGAGAGUUGGAUGACCUCAGGUCAAAGCUUUGUGAGAAAGAUAAGAUCAUCCACAGGCUCCAGCAGCAGCCCAGCCCUCAGCUGAGUCCUGUUGUUUGUCAGCAGGACCAGCCAACACUUGUCCCCACACCCUCAAUGGAACCCUCUGAACUCUCUGGCAGCCGUGAGUCCAACGUCUUCACCAAUCACCACAGUUCAGCAUCAACAGGCUCAAGCAACAGGAACCCUCCUGAAUCUGCCCCCUUACCCCGGAGCAAGUGUCCGAAACCUCGUCUGCAAAGGCAAAACAGUAACCCAGCACCUGCCCGCUCCGUCCAAAGAAGUCAUCAUCACAACAGCAGCCCAGAUGUUUUUCCAGAGUGUUUUACUCCAGUCAGCACCUCGGAGAAAAAACGAGUCCAUAUUAGUCGUUCCAUGAGCGAGUCCUGUGCUCGGCCUGAUCCAAACCACGCCAAGCAUCAGCGCAGAUGUUCUUUAGGGUUUCAGCCAUCAGCCCUGACUAACAACCGCUACGAUGUGCUGGCAGAUUUGACAGAAGAGUCUGACCGGUGGUGAGGAGCACACACCAAGGUUCAGUUCCUGAAACUUGGGAGAAUAAAACCAAACGUGUGUUUGGUUCCGUGUGUGGCAGCGUUUUUAAAACCCUUUUUAUAGGUCUGGUUGUUGAUAAGUAAAUAAGCUCUCUCUGUCCUUCAUCCCUCCUUUUUUUAAGAAUAUCUCACGUAACCUACAGCUGGAGGCGGGUUUUGUUAUUGUUUUUGUUUUUGUUUACUCCCAGUGUUCAUGUGAUAAACACAUACGUGUGUUCAUUUAAACAAACAUGGGCUGAGAAGCCUCUUGGCACCGAGUGUCACCCGGUUUGUAGCGGUCACAGAUAACGUGGCUUCCAUCGAACAGCUUCAUGCAGAGCGUGUUCACGUGAAGCGUCUGCAGCACGAAGCGUCCGCUCUUCACUACUUUUUACUUAUUUCUAUUUAAACUAAUUAACUUUAACUUCAUCUUUAAAAGUUUUGCACAUAGUAAAGUUUUACAUUGGGAUUUGAUGUCUGGGGUUGUACAUAGUGGCUCCUUUAUUUAAAACACUUUUGUAUUUGUGAUAAAUUGUUAUUUUUACAUUUUGAUGAAAUGUUUAUAUAAAUUGUAAAUGGUCUUAUUUAUGUUUUUAAGCUGGGCUUUUUGUGGCCACAUCACUCUGAUACCAAAUAAAGCUCUU